UGGAGCUACGGCAGAGUCUCCAGAAGACCUCCUCAGAGGACCUCCGUAGCAGGGUCCGUCCUGCCUCUGAGGCUUACCGCGGGAGCACCCUGCCCAGGUACAUGCCAUCUGAGGAGAUCAAAGGAGGGGAGACCCGCGGACGAGCAGAGUCCACUGGUGUCCGCUCGCCCCUGUCCACACCCCAGAUCCUGACUCCUCCCGUAGAGAGCCGCCUCCUACCAAACAGGCCAUGCUCCCUCCUAAGAGCCACCCCACUAUCACCACCUCCACGGAGCCUGUCCGGACCUCCACCCCACCCCCCUCGUCUACCUCCCCUGCUAUAGCAGUGGCCAAGCCCGCCAGGACUGUCUCCCUGAUCAUCAGUGAUGACCCUCGUCCCACCCACUCCAACCCUGUCCCCCCUGUACGUUCCAGCCAGGUACCCCCCUCCUCCACCACGGGGGAAUCGGCCACUCCCCCCCCCGUACCCCCCCAUGCCAAGCAGCCACCUGUACCCCCACCCAAACCCACCAACCGCAACAGCAACCCUGCUCUGCUUGUGUCCACAUUGAACAGGGCCUCCAGGGUCCAAGGUCCCCUUUCUCCUCACUACUGUACCAGCUGGAGAAGGCAGGGGGAGCUGGGCCUGUACCUUUCCCUGCCCACCUACCUCCACCGCCGACGGACUGAACAAGCCUGCUCAGCGGAGCUCUCUCAGGCUGGCAGUGGUAUCAUCGUUGUUCCUGCCCCCACCAGGCGCUCUCCUCCCACUCCGCCCAAGAGGAUGACCCCCGUCACCAAGCACCACUCUGGCGACCCGUCCCCUGAGCCAGAGACCUCGGGCCCCUCUGGUUCUGUCCCAGUCCCCAUACCUACUGUCUCUGUACCCCCCAGCACAGACCGAGACGACACCAGGGACACCCUCAGAGCAGUAGGGUUCCAACUACCCACCUCUGACUCUGCACCAGCACCCCGACCUCUGUCCCAUAUACCCACGUCCACUCCCAGCUCCCACCCCCACUUACAGCUCCCCAACCCUGCCUCCGCACCCCUCCCAGUCCCACUCCCCUUCCCUCAGAAGGACCCUCCCAGCCCCACCACAGAGCCGCCCAGCCACCCCCCAGCCUCAGUCCCAGCCAUCCCCCUUCACAUCCUGAUCCAGCGGGCCCUGUGCUCCCCCAGCCCGGCUCAGGCUAACCCAGAUGGGUCCCAAAGAGCCCACUCCAUGCUGUUUGAGUCCCCCCCAGAGUUCCUCACUGAGGCCGGAGGCCGACGCUCCCUACCCGUCACCAUAGAACCCCUCAGACUACCUGAGGAUGAUGACUUUGACAUGGAGGAGGAGUUGGAGAAGCUUCACCCCAGAAGGAUGCUGCCCCCCAGGCAGCCUGAGCUGGAGCCCAGGAGCAGGAGGGGUCUGGUGGUCGAUCCCAGGGUCAGUGUCAUCCCAGAGGGCCGGGGGCCCGGAGACAGCAGUGAGGAGGAUGAGGAGACCGACUCUGACGGACCCAUUCUCUACAGAGAUGACGAUGAAGACGAGGACGACGAUCCACCAAGUGCCUUGGCCAGCCGUGUGACGAGGAAGGACACCUUGGCCCUGAAGCUGGAGAGAGAGGAGCGGGAGGGAGGAGAGGGACAAGAUGGAGUCGGCUGGCAGAGCAGAGAGCAGUGGGAGGCACUCAAGAACAAGAUCGGUACCACGCUCAACAGGAGGUUGAGUCAGAGACCCACAGCAGAGGAGUUGGAGCAGAGAAACAUCCUUCCAGCCAGGAACGAAGCUGAUAUCAGGGCAGAGCGGAGCGAGAUCAAACGCAGACUCACCAGAAAGCUGUCCCAGAGGCCCACCAUAGCAGAGCUUCAGGCCAGGAAGAUCCUGCGUUUCCAUGAGUACGUAGAGUGUACCACGACUCAAGACUACGACCGCCGUGCAGACAAACCUUGGACUAAGCUCACUCCCUCCGACAAGGCUGCCAUUCGCAAGGAACUGAACGAGUUCAAGAGCUCUGAGAUGGAGGUUCACGAAGAGAGCAGGAUCUAUACCAGAUUCCAUCGGCCUUAGCUGUGCUCCCUGGCCCGGCUGCAGAGCAAGCACUUACAUGCAAUACUGAGCCGGGGGGUUGCAGGACUGCAAUACGGAGCACACAGACCCCUGGUGACUGCAAUUUCCACAGCCCCCUGUCCUGGCACAAGCCUGUUCCUCUCCUGUAAGGAACAUUGUUGAUGGCUACAUCUCAAACCAUGGACUAGAGGUGUAUAGCCUGUCUAACCAUGGACUAGAGGUGUAUAGCCUGUCUAACCAUGGACUAGAGGUGUAUAGCCUGUCUAAACAUGGACUAGAGGUGUAUAGCCUGUCUAAACAUGGACUAUGGAUGUGGCCCCUCAGCCUAUCCAGUCAUUGUUAAAACCACAGACUAGAAGUGUGGCCUAUAGAUAAACAACUUGCAUCUAAAACCAUGGACUAGGGAUUUGGCCUCUUGGUCAAACCACUUACUGUUAAAACCAUGGACUAGGGAUUUGGCCUCUUGGUCAAACCACUUACUGUUAAAACCAUGGACUAGGGAUUUGGUCUCUUGGUCAAACCACUUACUGUUAAAACCAUGGACUAGGGAUUUGGCCUCUUGGUCAAACCACUUACUGUUAAAACCAUGGACUAGAGGUGACCUCCAUCGGUCCAACCCCUUGCAUAUGAAUCCAUGGGACUACUGGUACUACUGUACUCCAGCGUUGAUCUGCCUGACCAGACAACCCACAGGGAGAGCUGGAGAAGAACUAGCUGGACGAGGUUUAGUGGUUUAGGCCUAUUUCAGCUGCCAUUUUGUAGAUUCCCUGUGCCAACACUGACUAUCAGAAUAGGAAGGACAAGAGGGACAGACGGCGAUUGUGACAAAGGAUGUUCUGUUUUGUUCCUCACAUCACCUCCAUUCUCUGUCGUUCCCUAAAGCAAGAAUGUUCCCAAGAGGCCUUUACUGUACCUGGUUUUUAGAGUUCCUUCAACACUUUGCCCUAUUUUUAAUUGAGAACAGAAAAUAAUUGUAUACGUACUGAUUGUCGAUCAUGACGAUGGUCAACAUUAGUACACGGUAGUAUUAAUGAUUUAAUGUUCAACUAAAUGUGAUACAGAACUUUGUUAGACUACGUGACGCUGGUGAAACCCUGAAACGUGUGUUUAUGGGUACCCAAUGGUACCGCCCUUAUCUCUAAUGGGACAAUACAUGGAGUGGUACGGAAACUGUGCGUAGUAAAUGUGAAAUGGCUAUAGCUAGCCUACAUGUCGGUGAUGGGUUUAGUUGUCCAACCACAAGACAUUAGUUAAAUUGAAACUCAAAUGUAGUGUCUACUAGUCAGCUAUCUAGCUGUGUUACAUAGACCUUAUUCAGCAUUGCUCCAUUGUUCCCAUACACAAUGAUGUGCAUUUUAACUGUGUUCUGUUGAUUAUCUAAGUGAUUUUGUGACAGCCCAUAAUAUAAGCUGACUAAUCGUUUGUUCAGCGUAGUAAUAAGGAACCAUAUUGUUAAAAUGGACAUUUAAAGUUUAAAAAAUUAAAAUAAGGAAGUUGUACAAUUUGAAACGUUAGAACUAAUAUAAUUUAAGACACAACCUAAAGCUUACGUACACUAUAAUUAUUUAGCGGUUGAUUUUGAAAGACUGCGGCAGGAACAUGGAUAUAUUUUUACUUCACAUUGUUACUUUGUGUAUGAAGGUCAUUGGUUGGCCUCUGCUGUAUAGACUUAUCCUGUAGAUUGAUUUAAUUGACUUUAUAUUAUGUCUUCCUAAUGUUAAAAUAAAUGUGUUUUUAAAUGUAAUUAAAGCGUUACAACAGUGCUAUUUUCUAAUAAUGUUACAGAAAUUGGUACCGAAACAGGGUUCCCUUAUUUUACAGAUGUUUUGUUUUUUAUAAAGAGAUCUUUAAAAUGAUUUGCAAACCUACUGUAUAAAUUAAUGGUCAACUCUCACUCAAAUUAAAAUAAAUGGUUUAUCAUCCUAAAGAA